AUGAGCAAAAACUCAUUUGAUUCAAUUGAAUUUAGGCAGACCCCUCCUGCAGAGGCCCCAGAGCCCAUUAGUUCAAAAUAUGGUGUUAAAACCACAGCAUCACCAGCAAUCAAGAAUGCACCACUACCAGCUGAAGGACCUUCAUCCAAGCAAUUCUCUAACCUUCUGUUGAUUGCCCUUAUUGUUAUCGUUCCCUUCUACGUUACAAGAAAAGUCGGCGGUGGAUUGAAAUGCUUCUUGUUUUUUGGCUUACUAUUCUUCUUUCCAAUUUUAAUGACAUUCUGGACCGUCGCAUCUACCUAUUCUCCUCGUCUCAAUGAGAAAUGCAAACUUCCAGGCAGGCCAAUUGAAUAUUACUUGACAUUCCAUGAUGAUUCCUUAAAGGAAAAGUAUCAUGGAAGAAAGAUUCCAAUGGAAACCUUUCACGAAUUGUUCUUUGCCAACAAAGUUUCAUUUAACUUUGAUGCAUUAGAAGUUAUGGAAUACAGACAUGAUUGGGCACAAUUUUCAUUCACAUUGUCCUUGUUCAAGUUUUUUUUGCUUGGUAUGAUUCCUGAGGUAAUCAUGCAUACCAGAUCUCAAGAUGAAGAGCAAGUUAGAGAUCACUACGACCGUGGUGAUGAUUUUUAUUCUUGGUUCCUUGGUUCAAGAAUGAUUUAUACCAGUGGUUUGAUAUCUGAUAUCGAAAAGGAAGAAUCAUUGGAGCAACUACAAGAGAACAAACUAAAGGUUGUUUGUGACAAGAUUGAUUUGAAACCAGGUGAAUAUAUGUUGGACUUAGGCUGCGGUUGGGGUACUUUAGUAUCAUAUGCUUCUAAGGUUUACGGAGCUAAAGUCACAGGUAUUACUCUAGGUAGAAACCAAACAAAGUGGGGUAAUGAUAAACUCAAAUUACAGGGAAUCAAACCUGAACAAUCUCGUGUUUUAUGUAUGGAUUAUAGAGAUACUCCUUUGGCUACUGAAGAUGGUAAAAAGUACGACAAAAUCACAUGUUUGGAAAUGGCAGAGCAUGUUGGUAUUAGAAAAUUUGGUGGUUUUUUGCAACAAGUUUACAACAUGUUAGAUGAUGAUGGUAUUUUUUAUUUGCAAUAUGCUGGGCUAAGAAAAUCAUGGCAAUAUGAAGAUCUAAUUUGGGGUCUUUUUAUGAAUAAAUAUAUAUUCCCCGGCGCUGAUGCUUCUACUCCAUUGGACUUUGUUGUUUCGAAGUUGGAGGCUAGUGGUUUUGAAGUAGUUUCCAUUGAUAACAUUGGUGUGCAUUACUCUGCUACUUUGUGGAGAUGGUAUAGGAACUGGAUUGGUCACAAGGACGAUGUAGUCAACAAGUAUGGUGUUAAAUGGUACAGGAUCUGGGAAUACUUUUUGGCUUACUCCACCAUUAUCUCCAGACAAGGCUCUGCUACUUGUUACCAGAUUGUCUUGAGAAAAAACUUGAAUGCUUACCAUAGAAUUAAUUACGUUCCUAAACAAAAGGGAUUAUUGACUCCUGUAAGAGAAGGUAUUGAGCAAUGGUUCAAAUAA